AUGUGGGAUGGAUCUUUAUGCUGGGAAGAAACACCGUUGAAUACAUCAGUAACACAGAAGUGUCCUCACCAUUUUUCGUGCAAAUUUACAGGAUUUGUGACAAAACAUUGUGACCAACGGGGAAAUUGGCUCCAAAUAGAGUCCUCUUGUCCAGAAGCCUACGAGGACAGAAUUGAGGACUUUUCCAAUAUGUUCCAAGAUGAAUCAACGAAUGAACCAAACGGAAACAUAAGGAAGAAAUUACUUGAGAACAAAGAAAAAUGCCUUAAGAAAAUGAAACAAGAUCUGGCUCAGAACAAAACAGGCUUGUUCUGUAGUGCAAUUUGGGACGGUUGGCUUUGCUGGGACGAAACACCAGAGAAAACCUAUGCCAUGCAGAAUUGUCCGGAUUAUUUUCUCAACUUUCAACCCUCAGGAAAGGCAAGCAAAUACUGCGGAGAGGGUGGUGAGUGGUUCCGGCAUCCGGAGAGCGACCAAUUUUGGACCAACUACACUCUGUGCGCCAGCAAUGAGAAGACAUCAAGGAGGCAAAAACUGCUCGAGAGUGAAUAUAAAUGCCUUCUAAAAAUGAGCCAAGACCCCACCUAUUAUGAGUCAGGGCUUUACUGCAGUCGGAACUGGGAUGGAUGGUUGUGCUGGGACGAUACGCCGGCUGGAACGUACGCCACUCAACAUUGUCCGGAUUUCUUUUCAGCUGCAGAAUUCACAGACAAGGCGAGCAAGUAUUGCGGCGAAGACGGUAAAUGGUAUCGCCUCCCAGAAAGCAACAGAACGUGGACCAACUUCACACAGUGUGCCGUCGACAUUCAAGAAAAGCUGGAGGGAGCAAGCGCCCAACUCUCCGGAGACACCGAGCAAGACUUCGCAGAGGAGACCACAACCGGCCCCUUGGUGAACCAGGACCAGCAGGAGCCUGGAAGGGAUAAAAUCCUCGACAGCCAGUAUAAGUGCUUUGAGAAGAUGAAGAGUGAUCCUCCGUAUAACAAAUCAAAACUGCACUGCAGUCGCAACUGGGACGGCUGGUUGUGCUGGGGGGACACUCCGGCGGGUACAUACACCUCCCAAAACUGCCCCAAUUAUUUUGUCGAUUUUGACCCGACAGAAAAGGCAACUAAGUACUGUGGGGAUGAUGGGCAGUGGUUUCGCCAUCCUGACACCAACAGAACUUGGUCCAACUAUACUCUCUGCAAUGAAAACACUAAAGCGAAAUUGAAGUCAGCGUACAUCCUGUUUUACAUGGCUAUCGUGGGUCACGCCUUAUCUAUCGCCUCCCUGCUCAUCUCCUUGGCCAUCUUCUUCUACUUCAGGAGUCUGAGCUGCCAGAGGAUAACCCUGCACAAGAACCUUUUCUGUUCCUACGUGCUCAACUCGGCCCUGACUAUCAUUUACUUGGUGACUGUUGUCAACAAUCCCAAAUUGGUGGGCAGGAACCCAGUAGGGUGCAAAGUACUUCACUUCUUCCACAUGUACAUGUUUGGGUGCACUUACUUCUGGAUGCUAUGUGAAGGAAUAUACUUGCACACGCUUAUCGUGGUGGCCGUGUUUGCCGAGGAGCAGCAUUUACACUGGUACUACCUCUUAGGUUGGGGCUUUCCUCUGGUGCCUGCGUCCAUUCAUGCUAUGGCGAGGAGAACAUUUUUUGAUGACAACUGUUGGAUGAGUGUGGAAACACAUCUGCUUUAUGCAGUCCACGGUCCUAUAGUGGCGGCUCUCCUCGUAAAUCUGUUUUUUUUGCUGAAUAUCAUUCGAGUGCUGGUGACCAAGCUGAGGGACACGCACAAAGCAGAGUCCAACAUGUACAUGAAGGCCGUGAGGGCCACGCUUAUUUUGGUGCCGCUUCUGGGAAUACAGUUUGUAAUUUUUCCGUGGAGGCCUGAGAACAGGCUGGCGGGGGAGGUCUACGAGUAUAUCAUGCACAUACUCAUGCACUACCAGGGUUUACUGGUGGCAACAAUAUUCUGCUUCUUCAAUGGUGAGGUGCAGGCGGCUCUAAAGAGACAAUGGAUGCAGUACAAGACCGAAUGGGGUCAAAGACGAAAGGACCACUGCUCAAUGCGUUCCACAUCCUACACGGCCACCUCCAUUACAGAGGUGCCGCCCUUUAUGUACCACCAAGAGGGCAACAGCGAACACUUGAACGGCCGUCACGCCGACGAUCCGGAACUGGUGGCGCUGAAAGCGGGAGAGAUCCCUUAA